GUCGAAAUAGUCUCCGAGAUUUACUUGACUAGAUCGAACGUGAGCAUCGAUUUUAACGAAGGUUCGAAAAACAUUUAAAAACUGUUAAUGUAUCUAAAUGUAUAAAUAAUGGAAUACGUUUAAAUUAAGUGAUAAAGUGAUAGUAAACUAAAUAAUAUUAAUAUCAAAUACAAUAUCAAUUAAAGCAACGAUAGAAAUGCCAAGUGAAAUUAAAAAAUUUUGCCAGAAAUAAUGGAACAUUCUGUUAUCAAGCGGGCGCCAUAAAAUUAUCACUUUGAAAGGAUAUAACACUCGAAAAUUCCGAAAUCCUAAUUAAUUUAACUACAUAUAACUAAUCAACGAAUAGUAAUAAAUUAGUUAUAAAUAAAUGAGAAAACAUAAUAAAAACUUAAACAAAAAUAAAUAAAUUAGUAAGAUAAUUCAAAAACAAAAAAUAGUAUUAUCUAUAUAUAUACAUAUGUAUGUAUAGCUUAUUGACAAAUUCAUAAAAAAAUAAAAUACAUACACAUACACGGAUAUAUAUUCAAUAUACUUUUUGGAAGCCGUCAAAAUCGAAUAACCAAAAAAGAAAAAUGCAACAAACGCGUUCACAACGAAUGCAGUCUAGUCAUCCUUUCCAAAUGCAGGAUGGGCUCAGUCCUAAAAAAACCGCCAUUAUAAUUGUGACAGUGGUUGGCUGCAUUGCGAUAAUUUGGCCGAAGGUAUUCCACCCUAUGAUGUUCGGUAACAAUGUGCCGGCAAAAAGUGGAAAUUUGAAGGAUCAACGCGGACCGGGAGGUUGUUGUGAUGUUGUUAUUGACAGAGAUAAAUUUCUGAAUGAAACUCCAGCAGAAAUCGGUCCACAAUUGUACCGCAAGCAACUGAAUUUAUAUACCGGAGAGAUGAGUUUAAGGCAAGAACGUCCAGCACAUUUACAUCCCGAAUCCAUCUAUCAGGCGAUGCGAGAACGGGGACGAGCUAUACCUGCAACUACACCAACAGUGCCAAUUUUGGAGCGCAAAGGAUCAGCCAGCAACCCACCGCCACGUAUCAUUGAUGGCCGCCCUGGUCCUAUUCCCGGAAUGCGUCCACCCAUGGGCGCCGGAUCUAUGCAUCAACCGCAGGCUCGUGCUGGGAAUAGUAUGGGCUUCAUAAUGCCACUUUAUACAAUUGGGAUAAUAGUCUUCUUCGGUUACACCAUUAUGAAGAUAGUAUUCAAGCGGCCUACACCCAAUGCGCCCUAUGGACCCAUGCCAACAAAUCCCGACUUUAGAAAAGAAGUGUUUGGUCAAGAAAAUGGCAAACAUGUCGACGAAGUCAACAAUUCUAAACUAGGGUGGCGAGAACAUCAAGCAAGGUCGAAACCACAUGAACACAUCAGCGGUAGUGGUGGCGGUGGUGUUGCAAGUGGCAGCGAGCUUUACAAUGCAAGUUUGGCAACUGCCACGGCGGCUUCCAUCCUGUCGACGCAGCUGAAGCAACAUAGCCAUGGCGUACCCAACAGUUUUGGUGGUGUUGGCAGUGGCGCUGGCAUUGGUGGAAGCUUUAUGAGCGGACCCAGCAAGGAAACCGAACAAUUGAUGGAAAUUGAGAAAUUGCGCAAAAAGCUUGAGGAUACCGAGAAGGCGAUGGCAAAAUUGAUCGCAGAAAUGAACUCAGAUCAAUACGAAGCUAAGAAAUCAAGCGAAAAUCCGAUAUCGAAUUUAGAAGAUAUUUCCAAUGGGCAUACGAAAUCUGAGCAGGAACAUGAGGAUUACAAAGUAACGAACGAGCAAAACCUUGUGAUUAAUGAAACCCCCUCUAGCGUGGAUAGAGAACAUAAGCAUGACAACCAGAGUCCAAUUAGUAAAACCGUAGAUAACCGUGCAGAACAAAAGAACAUCCAACAACGAUUGAAACGGGAAGGCAGUGCUGAUCGAUCAGUGGCGGUUCUUGGAAUGGAGGUGACAGCAAGUUGUGAGGGUGGCCAAAAGUGGACAGGACGCCCUCCAACGCCUGUUUUCUUUUUGCAUCAUGAACAUUCCAAUGAUAAAGACGAUACUCAGGGGCCUGAACCACAAUCCAUCUACUUGGAAGGUGCUUUGGCGCACGAGUCACAAAUAUUAGUUACUGAUUCGGAAAUUAAAACUGAGGAAGUUUAUGACAGAGAGCUCAAUGGUUCACCAGAAGAGCCAGCGGUGGUGUUGAGCAGUAAGAUGACAUUAUCACUAAUCAAUUUGGAUACAAAUCAGGAAAACAAUGGUGAGAAAAAUCAGCCGGAAAUCGAAAGUCCCCUAGCAGAUGAUAUCGAAAUAAUUGGUGAUGAUGAAAAAUAGAAAUUAUUACUUGACUAAAUAAAAUUAAUAAACCAUUAAGUUGGAUUUAUUUCAAAACUGCUUCAAAUGUCAUGAAAGAAUACCAUUUCAAUUAUAUACAUACAUGCAAACCUAAUCAGAAAUUAUUAAGAGAAUUCUGUACAUGUAUAAUUUGGCAAACUUCAAUAAGAUUUGUAUAAUCUGUAUGAAUGAAUUGUAUGUGUAUUCUAUAUUUGUAAGUCGUAUUGAUAAUUGCUGUUUUUAAGAACAUUCAUUUUAUCCAAGGCCGAGAAGUUUACAUUAUGCAUGAAUAUGCUUGACUCUGCUUAUGUAUAUUUGCUAAGUGUUUAUUUGUCAUAAUAUGAAAAUCGUGUACUUCCGUUGUAUGGAAAUUUUUUAAAAAUAAUUUCAAUAAUAAUAUAAACUUCUAUGUUAUUUUACUUAUUCGUUUCGGAUUUUACUUCCUAUCGCCAUCAUUUUUAUCAAUUUUUGCUCGUAAUUAUUCAGAAUAAUCAAAAAAAUGUACUUUUGUACAUAUAUGCUCAAAACAUUUAGUAUGCCAAAUAUCAACAUUAAUUAAAUUGUGACAUUAAUGCCAAAAGUGUGCUCACACAUACUAAACAUUGAACUCA